UUUGUAAUCAAUUUCACAAUCUGCUUGUUAAAUUAGGUGAAAUAAGUUUGGUAGCUAUCAUCGAUCGAUCUUUGAGUUUUAUUUACGUACGUACAGUACUUGCUGUAUACACAAUACCAGACGCUAUUCAUUCAUUCGUAAAUUAACAUGGCGGUUUCUGCUUCUGCUUCUGCGUAUGUUUCCAAGCACAACUACCAACACCCUGCAUCCCUUUUCUCAACAAGAUCGCGACUCAGUUGCAAACCCUUUAGUGCAAGUACUAAUAUGAACUCGUUUUCUAUAUCUCCAUCCACCUCCAAUGGCUUUUCUCUUUCUUCUUCUUGCUUUCUCCAUGCGCAUGCUACUGCUUGUUCUUUCCGGUUCACGAGAGUUUCCGUCCACCGUUGCAGGCGUCGCUGUCUUUGUUCCCAUUCACACAGAUCUGUUGUAGUCAAGUACGCCAUGAAAGCGGAAACUCCAAGUGACCGAAGAAGAGUUGUUGUGACCGGGAUGGGUGUAGAGACCCCCAUUGGCCAGAAUCCAGAUGAAUUUUACAAUAACCUGCUUGAAGGAGUCAGUGGCAUUACUGAAAUAGAGGCAUUUGAUUGUUCAAACUAUCCUACUCGAAUAGCUGGAGAGAUCAAAAGUUUUUCGGCUGAUGAGUGGGUCGCUCCGAAGCUCUCCAAAAGGCUGGAUAAGUUUAUGCUUUACAUGCUAACAGCCGGCAAGAAAGCAUUGGUAGAUGGUGGGUUGACAGAAGGUCAAAUGGAGGAGAUAGAUAAAAGUAGAUGUGGGGUUUUGAUCGGAUCGGGUAUAGGUGGUAUGAAGGUUGUAAGCGACUCUAUAGAAGCACUGAGGGUCUCACCUAGGAAGAUGAAUCCUUUCUGCGUACCCUUUGCAAGUACUAACAUUGGAUCAUCAUUGCUAGCCAUUGACCUGGGUUGGAUGGGUCCUACAUACUCUAUAUCUACAGCUUGUGCCACUAGCAAUUUCUGCAUAUUAAAUGCAGCAAAUCAUAUCAUCGACGGGGAUGCUGAUAUGAUGCUUUGUGGUGGCUCUGAAGCUCCAAUUAUACCUAUUGGAGUUGGGGGUUUUGUGGCAUGCAAAGCUCUAAGUGAGAGGAAUAGUGAUCCUACCAAAGCUUCACGUCCAUGGGAUUCGGGUCGUGAUGGAUUUGUUAUGGGAGAAGGAGCUGGAGUUCUCUUGGUUGAAGAACUUCAACACGCUAAAAAAAGAGGUGCUAAUAUAUACGCAGAAAUUUUGGGUGGAAGCUUUAGUUCUGAUGCUUAUCAUAUGACAAACCCUCACCCUAAAGGUGCUGGUGUUAUAUUAUGCAUGGAAAAGGCUUUAUCUCAAUCAGGGGUAUCCAGGGAAGAUGUUAACUACAUAAACGCACAUGCUACAUCGACACCAGCUGGAGACAUCAAGGAAUAUCUUGCUAUAACUCAUUGUUUUGGCCAAAACCAAGAGUUAAGGGUAAACUCGACAAAAUCCAUGAUAGGUCACCUUCUAGGAGCAGCAGGUGCCGUGGAAGCCAUUGCAACGAUACAAGCCAUACGAACAGGUUGGGUGCAUCCAAAUGUUAACCUUGACGAUCCAGAUAAAGAUGUGGACAUAAAUCUGUUAGUUGGGAAAAAGAAAGAAAGAUUGGACAUCAAGGUGGCGAUGUCGAGCUCAUUCGGAUUCGGGGGUCAUAACUCUUCAAUAUUAUUUGCGCCUUUCUCAUAAAGGGUACAUGCAAGUGUAAGCAUCAAAACAUAAUAGACGUAUUCAACUAUGCCCAUAAUUCAUCAAUAGUAGUUGAUGUAGAGAUCAAAAUUAUUCAACUGCAGUAAGUUGUAUGUUUUCUUACUAAGGAGCUGUUUCAAAUUCAUUUGCAAAAGUAGAGUUGUGGCCCACUUAAACUAUACGUAUGAUAUUUUUAAUUACAUAAAUGGUCCUUGUACAUUAUUAGAAUUUUCAGUUUUAUAUUAUAA